AUGCAAUCUCUCUCGACAUUCACAACGCAAGCCCUCGGAACCACCCUCCCUACCCUCUUCCACGCCGCCCACACCUCAACCUCCUCGUCCGCAACCUGCGCCGCAUACCCAACCGCAAUAAUGUCCUCCACACCGCCAACCGACAAGAAGCCCACCGAAAAGCCAGAGGAGAAACCCGCACCUGCAACCGACGACAGCGUGAUGGACGCCAUAUUCAAUAAACCGAUGAAGGGGCCUACUACGGGGCCGUAUAUACUUCAUGGGAAAACUCAGCCGUAUCCGCCGAAGAGGAUUCCGGUGGUUCCUGUUAAGAGGUUGUAG